UUAGUUGAAACGCAAAUCAUUUGCGAUAGAGGUUUUUGUUAAUUAGCUACACUAUAGCAAGUUGGCCCAGUGUAUUUAGAAGGUUAAAUAUGAAGCACCUGAGCGUGUUUGUCGUCGCUCUCUAUGCAGUUUUUGCUAUUUCGAACGUUGCCUCUUUGUCAGACGAAUGGACUACUUUUAAAGAGGGACAAUACAUAAUGAAGAUUCUUUCGGGGCCUGCAACUUGGCUUGACGCUGUUAAACAAUGCAGAGAGCAGGGAUACGAAUUACUGACAGUUGAAAGUCAGGCGGAGGAAGAUGAAGUGCUUGCAGUUUUUGGGCCGUACAUUACCAAUAGACUGUGGCUUGGCGGUACCGAUCUCGGUAAAGAGGGUAGCUUUUACUGGUAUUCAACUGGGGCGCCUCUUAAUUUCACUGCCUGGCACGCUGGUGAACCAAGCGGAAACAACCCUUCCAACGGAGUAAAAGAAGAUUGCCUGCAGUAUCAAAACAAGAAUGGCGUUAUUCUGUGGAACGACUCGGUUUGCGAGAACGAGUACAACUUCAUAUGCGAACUUUAUGACCCUUGCGCAAGAAGACCAUUUUAAUUGCUGGAUAUUUUUCUGUAACAUAUUUUUAAUACAUACCUUAAUAUUAACCAGAACUUAUGAUAUUAUUUAAUAUUUUCACUUUCAUUCUUUAUACACCCUAGUUUUUAAUUCAAGCAAUAACAUUAUUCACUUUUUUUAUAUCUUAAUUAAUCUUAUAAUAGAAUGAUAAAAUAUUCAGCGCCAAAAUGUCGGCUCUUUUGUCUUAUCUUAAAAUGUAAAACUUGAGAAAUUCUCUAUUUGAACCAAUGCAAGACUUUUAUAUAAUCAUUCGUUUAUAAUUUUGUCACUAGCUGUUCUCUACACAAAAUCUGUGAAAACUCUCUAGAACUUUGUUUUAAAUCCAAAAAGUUAACAGAGUAAACUAAUAUUAUCUAAAAUUUUAUAAUAUUUAAGGACUUGAAACAUUGUUUCAAAGUGAUAGAUAAUAUUUUAAGAUCAUCGAAAAUGCUUUAAUAAAUGUCAAUAUUUCUUAUUAAAUGGUAAACAAAUGAUAUGAAAUUGAUUUAUCAUAUCUUCUAAGAAUGAGAUCAUGAAAUUAAAAUUUAAUUUCACUGGCUAUUUCCGUUUUACGCGUUUCACUUUUUGAAUACAAUUCUUUUGGCACUUCCGAUUCUUUAAAAAAGAAUGUAUUAAAACUCUAAUAGUAAUGAUAAAAACAACUUAAGGGAUGUAUAAUGACGGUUCCAAUGUAUUUAUGUAUUUUUCACUCUCGUUAUGUUAAAUUGUAGUUUUUACUUGCACAUCAAAUUUAUUUUGCUUAUAUCCAAUUAACACCAAUAAACUUCGUAUUUGAACUAAAUCAGA